GGGGCGAGGUCCCUCAUCAAGGUUCAAGCACGAUUUUAGCUCCCGUUAUAGUGUUGAGCCUUGCAGUAAGCCCCUCUUAAAGACGACAUCGCCACAGCCACAACACAGCCACAUAUAUGUCGCAGCGGACGGAGGGCAGGCGCCGGCAGAGAAUCCAUGGGCUGUUCAGCCGACCGAACUGGACUGCUGCACCUUAUCAUCUCAGAAAGGGAACUCUUUGUCAUCUUGGCUUCGGUUUAUCAUUUCGUUACCGUAGCCCCAACAUGUCUGAGCUGGAGGCCCAUGAUAUCCCAGUGGAAGUCGCGGACGGACUAUCGCGUGUGGAGAAACGUCUGCUCUCGGCAACCUACAAGCCGCUUCUGGAUUACAAGAUCUGUGUCGAUGAAGACGUUAUCCACGACGUGGCUCUACUCGUACGGAAUUUCGCUCAUCCUUUUCAGACGCCUUCAAACCAGCAUCUUACAAGCUACGAGGUGCGCGCUACCGUAGUGCACUUCGACGAACCAGCCAAGAUACCGAUCCCUCCCGAAUCCAGAGCGAUCAUCGUUCCUGUAACUUGGAAUGAUAGUGCCAGGUUCGCCGGCCAGGCUCUUACCAAGGGAAGUUAUCUGGUGAUAAACAAGGAAGAGCAAGUUGAACCGGACUUUCACGCUUUGUUAUUCCUGUUCCGGCCGAAACCGUGAUCCUGGUCCAACCCUGCAGGGGACUCUGCUACCUACAGAGUACAGAGUUCGUCGCGCUCGAGGAGAUACAGAUGGAGUGGAACAUCGAAGUGCUUUUGAAAGAUCAGGUAGUCAGGAUCAUGUCAUAUGUAUGUAGGUAUGU